AUGCCCGGUACUAGAACUACCCAGCUCCCACCUAUCCGCCAAGCUACCCUCUCUCAAAUUCUGGCUGGAAAUCGACCUGCGCCUGCAACAAGCAACAAGAAGAGGAUGGAUUUCUUCAACUUUAAUCACGAAAACAUCGCGCCGGAUGACGAGCAAUCCUCUCAGGUGACCACAUGUGGAACUGCUCCAUCUCUCCCGCCAAUCUUAAGCUUCCUCCCCCCGCAAACCAGCUCUUUACAUCAGCUGGAUCCCACGGAGAAUGAAAUUCACGGCCCAAGAUAUGCCAGUUCAGUUGUCCAACAUGAAUUGAUCCGCCAAGAGCAGAAGACUGCUGAGUUAUCGAUCUUGAACGCCAACAUUCACAGUCGUGUGGACGUAAUGCUUGACAGGCUUGAACGUUUGGAGGAACACAAGGCUCAGACUGAGCGUGAGAAUGGCCAAUUUCGUUCCUUCCUGCAAGUUAUUAUCCAAUAUCCGCAGCUUCGUGAGUGGCUUGCCAGUGUCGGCCCACCUGGGCAGUUUACCCCGCCCCCAGAGUCUCCCGCUCCCUCCAAGGAAAUGGCUUCCUCUGAAGUUGCUACCGAAGACAGGCCUGGUCGCUCCUCAGUUGUGGGCGAAGAGCUCAGCAACGCUCUUCAUCAGGAUGUUGAGAUAUAUGAUGAGAGGAAUACAAGUGUUCUGGGGGCGGAGUCAGAGAACACAGAGACACGUAUGACAUCACUUGCGGCUACUGAACCGUCUCGUGAUGUCACUCCGUGCCCUGGUUUGAAGCGCAAAUUUUCUCGUUUAAGUCGGAGAAAGGGUGCAAACUAUUCAAGGCGUCAAAUCCAUGAUCUUGGAGCGAUUAUGGUAUCAGAAACGACCCAGAUGCCUUCUAUGGCACUUAACGAUACGGAAAUCAUAGUCUUUUUCUUUCGAGCUCUCCGCCGUCCCAUUGUUAGCUUGCGCCUUAGGGCACGUGGUUGGGGACCACACAAGAUUGCCAAUGUUCUCAAUGAAUAUCGCGACGUCAACCCACCAUACCUUCGCAAUACAGCCUCUGUUAUGACCGUUACGGCCCUGCGGCGCGGAGAGAAAAUGUACGGAGAUACAUGGGAGAGCGAUACGGGAAAGGACUUCUUGAAGGCCGAUGACACUGAAGCAACCAAGUUGAUCCGGGUACCCAACGAGGAGAGUGCCACAGACUGCGACGUCUCCGAGCUCUGUAAGAGCCUGAAGAAAUACCCGGAGGGCUCUGAGGCUGGCAUAUUCACUCAAUGCGUCAAAUACUGCCAAGAGAAUGAUGUCCUGUGCCCUUUGAGUCGGAUAGGCGAUAUUGCUGUCUUCUUAGAAGAGGCUUGAGAGCAUGUUAAGGCAUAAAUCUCUGCCCACUCCUUCACUUGGACUUCCAGUUUUAAUUCCUACCCUGAAUCCGUAUUACCCACCUCAACACUAUUGGUCUGGAAGCAAGUCAGAGCAUCCGGAGUAUUCGGAGUAAAUGGUUGGAAGUUUCCUAAAUCCUCUUGGGUGAGGAUGAGUUUGAAGGAUUGCUGUCUUAUAUUUCCCAAAUUUGUACAUUAUUAGGAAGAACCCUUGGUCAUGGGUGACUAAGGCAGUGGGCGGAUCCAACUUGGAGGCAGG